AUGAAAGACGGGUCCGAGAAGUCCUACGGCCCGUCGGUCGAGGGUGUGGAUUCCGACGUCUGGAGGGACGACGUGACCGAGCUCAAGACGGCGAUCGCCGAGAAGACGUUGAGGAGCGCUUUUCUCGCGCCGAUUCGUUUGAAGUUCCUGUCGGUAGGCUUCCAGGUCCUGGGAAUCGCGUCUUCGUGCCACGCGUUCGUGCAGCUCAUCUUGCACGUGCCACCGACCUCUUGGGAGCGGUGGGAGACGGUGGCCCUGCUGAUCACGCAGCACAGUGCAGCGAUCACCCUCGUGGUCGCUUUGGCGCAGACGGGCGUCAUGGCCUUCUAUGUGGUGGGGUCCGCAGAACGCAGAACAGCAGCAGUCGUGGCCAUCGCUGCCGCGAUAGUGAUGGUACCGGCGGUUGGCGCAGUCAUCACGGUCGGCUACGUGUUCUUGGUGGCGCACGUCCUGCCGGGAAUGCUCCUGGGAACGGCCGCGAUUCCGCUUCUGGCCGUGCUCAUCGUACUGAUCGUGGACAGCAGGGCUUUGGUCGGGUCGGGUGAUGUUGCCCUAGCUGGUCUCGGCGGCGAAACCACAAAUGAAGCGUUCAGAGCCUUUGAGCAGAUGACGGUUCUGCACAAAGCCUGGUAUUUUCUAACUACACUUCUGCCUUUCCAUGCUAAGGAUGGCAAUUGCGAGGUCUUCGUUGUGAUCUCCUUGAUCGUGGUCGCGUCCGUCGGGGUCCCCGCCUGGUGGGUACUCCUGGGCGGCGCUGCUGCCGCGCCCGCCGCCGAUGCGUUCUUGCUAGAGGUGACCUUGCCACUCGUGGCACUGAUCUUGCUGGCGGCCUUCAAAGGAGGCCUUAUUGCACAUAACUUCGACAGGGCAGGGGUGGUCCUGGUCAUGGUCUUCGCUCUUGCGCACUUGCUGAGCACAGUGCUCGUCAUGGCCGUGCCCGUUUCGAUCAUUAGCCGCGGGGCCAGCACAGGCAUCCGCAACGCGGUUGCUGUGGCAUUUUCAGCUCGCGAGGGCCACGUGUUCGCGGCGUGCCUCCGCGACAAGCUCGCAGAGGAAUUGAGCGCGCGGGCUGCAUGGUUGCGCCAUUCGCAGCUAGUCUCGAUCUUCUCGUAG